GUGCGGCUUCUUCGCUGCAGCAAUACGACUUCGUGGACAGUCAUUGACAUUUAAAGGGCCAGUGGGCGGUUUUGAAGAAAGUUUCUUUCUCUCUUUGUUGCUGUUGAUGAUUUUCAUUCCUAGUCAUAAUGUAACAGAAGCCGCAGCCUCGGGUACGGGAGGCAGACGCGCUAACCAUGAGGCCGAAAACCCCCGGAGUCGUGGCUCCUGUCCCUAGCACGUCUCUUAAGGUGUCGGCGAGUGAUGUUCACAAACUGCACACACAGUGUCGUGCGGUGCGGCCCGCACCAAUUUGUUUUGUUUUUCCGAUUGUACAGAGCAGGGGCGGCGCCGAAAAAACCGAGAGAGAGAAAUAUGGGGAUUCAGUAGUGGAUACCAUGGUGGAGAAGGUCACGGCUAAGGCGAUUGGGGGAAAAGAUCCAAUGUGCCAUUAGCUCGCGGAAAGCUAAGCUAGCUCAGCUGACGGGCAAAGGUAAUCCGAUACGUCGACUACUGGACGACGACGGCGGCGAUAGCGGCCUCCCUGAUUCAAACCAAAACAGUGUAGCAUCAAAUAAGAUCUGAGGAGAUGUUUAUGAAAUGAUGGACUAUAUAUCAAAGUCCCUCACACCCUCAGGUUUUCUCGCAGGCAUCAUUAAGACAAAAUGUGUAUUCAUGUUUUCUCUUGCCAUGCCUCUCUGUCAUUAAUGCGUGGUUUCAUUGAAUACUGUAGAAAUCUGCUGUUGCACCAGCCAUCUGCUUUCAAACCGGACCUCAAUGGUCUGUUUGGAAACACAACUGUGGCAACUUGGUGUGUCAACACUUUCUAAGGAGUUUACAGCACAGUUGACCCCCAACCCCCCCACAUCAGCUUCACCUGCCUCACCUGGAUCGACUUGAUGCUGUGUUUAGUUUCACAUCUCCCCCAGUGUGCACCAAACGGUUUUUAAAAAGUAGUGCUGGACACAUUCUGUGCUCCUGCGUGGGUGCAGUGUUUGGAUCGUGUGUGAGUGUGUGAGUGUGUGUGUGUGUGUGUGUGAGUGUGUGAGGAAGCGGUGUGGUUAGAGUCUCGGCUCAGAGGUAUCAGAGACUCACUCAGAGACACUUCCUCGUCACUGUCAUCACUCUGACCGGCAGAGCAGAACACCAACGGCUCACAGUCACAUUCUUAUGUGGCGCACUGAUUUCCAAUUGUCUGACACCGGAGUCUUGCCUUUCAUCAAAUUACCUGUGUGAAGGUUGUGUGCGACGCGACGUUAAGAAGCGCUGGGGGAAUGUGAAAACUGAUAAUUUUGAUAUCAGGUGUAGAGCAGGUGGUCCUCCCCUUCUGAAUCAUGCCUCGUUCUUUCCUGGUGAAGCGAGGAGGCCUGCACCACCCUCGGCCCGCAGCAGGAAGCCCCGGCCCUGGGUCGAGCCCAGUAACAUUCAACCAGCUACAAAAACCGUUUGGGUCCUUGGAUACUUCUUUGAAGUACUCCGCAGCAGGAACACCCGAUGAUAACACCAGUCACUCACAUGGGAGUGGGCACCUUCAGCCACUAAGUCCCAGAUCUUAUGACUGUAGAACUGCUGAGCCCUGCAGUCCUCUCAGCUCAAAUACUUAUAUCCCUGAGGAGAAAAUCCACUCUGGCCCUGCCACACCAGCGUUAAGGUCCAAACCUCAUGUGAACUUGACUCCGCACACUCAGAUUCUGAGGGAGACCAGGAGCAGUGGCUGCACCAAGGCCAGUGGCCCGAGGCAAGAGUGUCCACUCUGUAGCAAAAUAUUUUCAUGUCUGUCUAGUUUGAAGACUCACAUAUGCAGGAGUCAUGGAAGCAGCGCCACCCUGUCGGCAGCACACGUCAAGUCCAGCAGGACAAGUACAGUGCAGUCACCACGCGGGGGCAAGGAGAGGACGUUUGGCUGUGCGGUGUGUGGAAAAGUGUUCAAGCGCUCCUCCACCCUCUCCACUCAUCUGCUCAUACAUUCAGACACCCGGCCGUAUCCCUGCCAGUACUGUGGCAAAAGGUUCCACCAGAAGUCUGAUAUGAAGAAACACACCUUCAUUCACACAGGAGAGAAGCCCCACGUGUGUGUGAUCUGUGGGAAGGCAUUCAGCCAGAGCUCCAACCUCAUCACCCACAGCCGCAAACACAGGGACGACCGGCCCUACCGCUGCCCCCGCUGCCUCUACAGCUUCCAGCAGAAGGUGGACCUGCGGCAGCACCAGGAGCACCACUGCACCCACCACUGACUCCGACACGGUCCCGUCGACAUCUUCAGCCUUCCGCAAUGAGCUGUGGAAUACACCCGCGGGAGAGACAGCUACCGACCGACCGCGUUGUUUUUGUGACCAAGUCAGAACUUUCACUCAGAGCUAAAGUUGUUUAUAUGUUCAUAUGUCACUGAGGACAGAAGGAUGCUGUUCUUACCCUUCUCACAGGUUUACAACGCAGUUUCGGGAGAUUACUUCGUAGUUCACGUAGCAAAAGAGAAACUUGGUCGACCUGAGUCGACUGUGAUCUUGUUAAGUUGUAAAAGAUAUUUCUGUCUAACUAUCUAUAUACAACAUUGUUUAAGGUC